AUGGAUCUCGCCAGCCUUAUCUCCCACCCGGGACCAGAUCCCCUCUCAAUGUCUAUGUCCAGAGCCUCUUAUAGCCCCCCUGCGCCUCGUGUGGCUUCCUAUAAGCGCUCGUCGAACUCAUACUUCGCUUCCGUGCCGAUAUCUUACUCCCGCGCCGCGCAACCACCGCUCUCCCCGCCGGUCGAGGAUUCGCCUCCUAAGUUCUCUCUACCUUCCAUCUCGACCCUGCUGGAAGGCGCAGAUGCUGCGUCCAUGCAUGCAGCUAAGCGUGCAAGAGUCACCCCUCCAGUGCAGCGCGAGCCUGAGUCCCGCCCGCCGUCGCAACCCUUCGACUCGAUGAAGGCCAAUGGCCCCCAGAUCGGCUUGCCGCCUACCCCUCCAUUGCGUCCGGGUUCCGGCUUCAACAGCGCCAGCCAUUCCCCCGCCUCAUCCAUCUCCGCCAUCAGUGAGGGCGGCGUUGUGAGUCGCGCAGAGCCAUACACUCAGGCGCCGGUGGUAUUCCCCAGCCAUUCGGAUCGAUCGUCCAUCUCCAGCCAGGGCUCCGUGGCUCCUGUAUCCGCCGCACCUUACGCAUCGCCCGCCCCCAGCGUCGCUUCUUACUCCUCUCCCAUCGAGCCUUCAGCCGCCUCCGCGGUCUACUAUCAGAGACCGGCAUCCUCUUCCUCCACCUACCAACCAUCCAGCAAUGUGUCUCCCACCGCUGCUGCUCUGCCCGCGCCUGCGCAUCAGCAGAUUAUCUCACCUGUUACACCUGCCUGGCAGCACCACCACUAUUUCCCCCCCUCCAGCACGACCCCCUACCAGCAAAACCACGACCGAUACAUCUGCAGAACGUGCCACAAGGCCUUCUCGCGACCCUCAAGUCUUCGCAUCCACUCGCACAGCCACACUGGAGAGAAGCCCUUCCGUUGUACCCACGCCGGCUGCGGCAAGGCCUUCAGCGUGCGGAGCAACAUGAAGCGCCACGAACGGGGCUGCCACACCGGCAGACCCGUUGCCACCGCUAUGGUAUAA